AAACAGCGGGCUUGUUUGAAAACAGAACGCUUCUCUGUAGCUAAUGACAACGGGAUAAACCACUACUAAUGAACCAUGCAUUGCGUUAGUUGUUAUUAAACUUUACUCAUGUACGAGAAAGGACAACGUCUAUAGUAACCACAUGUUGUAUCAUGACAUGGCGGUUUUCAAAACAUUGACUAAAAUAGAUUGCUGUCAACAACUUAAAGUGUUUAAAUGCGUAAUAAAUUGGUAGCUACACGUUAGCCUUAGUAAGCUGCGAUUUGUAUGGUUGUUUUCCUGGUUGCUUAAUGACUAGCAGGCUGUCUUGAUAGCUGCAAUGGAUCCCAACAGCAUCGAGCUUUUGGAGGCGCAGGUGAAGACUCUAUCGGACGAGUUAAUGCAGUGCCAGGCCGACAAGGAGUUUGUGUGGUCGUUAUGGAAACGCCUGCAAGUGGCCAAUCCGGACCUGACCCAGGCAGUCAGUUUGGUCGUGGAGCGCGAGAAGCAAAAGGGUGAGAUGAAGGACAGAAAGGUACUAGAGAUUCUGCAGACCAAAGACUACAAGAUUCAGGAAUUGGAACAGAGAGUAACAGUGCAGCAACAGGAGGUGAACCUGGUGCAGCAGAGGAAGAUGUUGAUGGACGAAGAGAGAGCUGGAUUAAACAAGGAGAUCUCCUCCCUGCAGGAGCGGCUGGCCAGCAACAGUCAGGAUAUAAAGGAAAUGAGGGCGCAGCAUGCCAGCAGCGAGGAGGAGGCGCGGGGUGCCAUGCGGGCUCUGGAGGAGCAGAAGGAGGAGUGGGCCUCACGCUGCGCCGGCCUGCAUGCUGACCUGGAGGAGGAGAGGAGACGGGCCUCCCACUGCGACGACCAGAGGGAAGCCACCCGGGCCAGGAUCAAGGAGCUGGAGGCGGAGCUGCCUCAGUUCUCCAGUCUGCAGAGCGAGAACUCCAGCCUGGCUGCCCUGCUCUCUGCGAAGGACAAGGAGAUGGAAGCCCAAGAGGGACAUCUCAGCCAGCUCCGCGGUGAGCUGGUGGAGGUUCAGGCCCUGUACAGACAGAGCAUGGAGCAUGGGUCUGAGCAGGGUCACCUGAUCAAGCAGCUGGAGGCGCUGAACCUGGACAGCCAGAGGGUGCUGCGUAACCAAGAGGAGGCCCACAGCGUGGACGCCACCUCCUACCAGAGGCUCUACACAGAGCUAAGCCAGAGCUACCAGGCCCUGGUGGCCGGUGAAGCGCAGCUCCGCCAGAACCACCUGGAGCUAAGCGGCCUGCUGGCCCAGAGAGACCAGCAGAUCCUGGAGCUCCAGAGCCAGCUACAGCAGCAGGACCUGCUGGCCCACAGAGACCAGCAGAUCCUGGAGCUCCAGAGCCAGCUACAGCAGCAGCAGCAGCAAGAGAAGCGUCUACUGCAGACCCAGCAGCAGCAGCAAGCACACCAGACCACCACCACCACCACCACCACCACAGGUCAACAGCCCAACAAGCAAACGAAUGUGAAGGAGCUGUGUCAGCCGAGCGCAGACACACCUGUCAGCUCCGGUUUCAACCAGGCCUCGAACUUCUCCAGUCCAGGGCUAGGGACCAGCACGCCUCUUGACGGAGGAGCUUGGACGGAGAGGACGUGGAAAGCCAGUUCUUCCAGAGGCCGCUCUACCAGCAUCAGACAGCAGGAUGCACCUGUGCAACGGUCCAGGUCCCUCUCCCCGGCGAGCUGUGUGGAGGCGGGAGGAGGAGGAGGAGGAGGAGGAAGAGAAGGAGGAGGAGCAGAGCAGAGGAUGCAGGACCUUGAAGAGCUCCUUCAACUCAAGACAAAGGAGAUGGAAGUGCUCAGGAGUGCGCACCAGAACCGCCUGGAGCGCCUGCACCUGAUCCAGGCCAACUACAGGACCAUCAGAGACCAGCUGAGGGACGCAGAGGAGGCAGACGGACUGCCUAAACCUAAAGGACCGAGUCGGAGAGCCGAGCCCUGGCAGCUGAGACAGGAGGACAGCGACGGCGUGUGGAACGAGCUGGCCUACUUCAAGCGCCUGGCCAGGAAGCUCGACGUGGAGAAGCGAUCCUCCAGGCUCUGUUUCUCUGCUAGGGGUCCCCGUUCUUUUUCUACUCUAAAACUAUUUCUCGGGUUCUUGCCCCGUGUUUGCCCGGCCCAGAAGCUGACCUGUGACCUGGCCGGGGUGGAGUUGCAGAAAAAAGUCCUGGAGAUGGAGCUGGAGCAGUGGAGAAAGAUGCAGCUCCCACCACCACCACCACCACCAGCUCCACCAGCAGCAGCAACCGGAGCGGCGGAGAGCUGCUCCUGUCAGGGCAGGGGCCUGACCGCUCCUAAUAACCUCGGCCUCCAGGCCCUAGAGGCCGAGGUCAAGCAGCUCCAAGGCAAGCUCAAGAGUGGCAGUGCAGAGGCGUCCAGGCAGGCGUCGGCCAUCAAGACCCUCCGUGCCCAGGUGCAGGACAAGGAGGACAAGCUCCGCAUGCUGCAGGACAAGUUGAGCCACUCGGAGCGGGACUUGGUGAUGAAGCGGCAGCUGGUGGAGGACCUCCGCACCAGGCUGAAGGUGCUCCAGGAUGGGGAGGGGAGCCACCGUGGCCAGGUGGAGGAUCUGGAGAGGAAGGUGAAGAGCCAAUCAGAAGAGGCCAACAAUAGGAAGACCUUCAUCGAGUCUCUGAAGAGGAGGCUGAGUGUGGCCACCUCGGAGAAGAGCCAGCACGAGACCUCCUGCACCAAGCUCAGAGAGGAGCUGGAGAGAAAGGAGCGCCUCCUGGAGACCCUGCAGGCCCAGGUAGGGGCGGACCAGCGCUCCCUGGCCCAGCUGGAGCAGACCGCCACUAGGCAGAUGGAGGGCCUGACCCAGCAGAGCUCCCAGGCCCUGGAUGUUCUGCAGAGACGGCUGGGCCUGGCGUCCUCCCAGAAGGAGCAGCUCCACGCCUUCGUCAAGGCGCUGGCCGGCGAGAUGCUCCGAGAUGUUCAGGAGGUCAAGCAGCAGCUGACGGAGACGAGGAGCAGGAGGAAGAGGAGCCGGAGGAGGCACGAGGAGGCCAACGCGGCGAAGGGCGCCCCCACGGCCAAGUCCAUGAUCAGAGCCAAGUCCAUCGCUGCCUCCAUCCUCAACAUGUCCGAGCGCGACCUGGCUGACAUGUUGGACGGUGACCAGGACGAGACUGAGCCCUGUGUGGAAAUACCAGACGAGGAUUGGCUACAACACCUGCACCACAUCCUCCAGCAGAAGAUCCCCUCUGCUGGCCAGCUAAUGGAGGCAGUGCGUGUGAAGAUGAAGGAGAGGAAAGUGCUGACAGAAGAGCUCGCCGCGCUCGCUACACCAGUCAGCGAAAACGCCUGACUCCCCGGGCUGAGGCGGGAGGAAACUGUCAUCCUCUCCCUCUCUAUCUCUCUCCCUCUCUCUCUAGCUCUAGCUCUCUCUAUCUCUCCCUCUCUCUCUCUCUCUCCUGCUUUAGCGCUCUCUAUCUCCCUCUUGCUUUAUCCCUAUCUAUCUCUCUUGUGCCCGCUUGCAUUCUCCCUCCCCUCUCUCUCUCUCUCUCUCUCUCUCUCUCUCUCUCUCUCUCUCUCUCUCUCUCUCUCUC